AUGGAGAAGAGUAAUGAUAAUGAUCAUAAGGCUAGCCACGGUGGCUCCGGUGGUGGUACGACGGAGAAGUGGGAGGAGAGUAGCCCCGGAAUCCGAACCGCCGAGACAAUGCUCCGGUUAGCUCCGGUGGGGCUUUGUGUUGCGGCACUUGUUGUCAUGCUUAAAGACUCCGAGACUAAUGAGUUCGGUUCAAUUUCUUACAACAAUCUCACAGCUUUCAGGUACUUGGUGCACGCAAAUGGAAUAUGUGCAGGCUACUCUCUUCUCUCAGCAGCCAUUUCAGCAAUGCCUCGUUCUUCUUCCACAAUGCCUCGUGUUUGGACCUUCUUCUGUCUCGACCAGAUUCUGACCUAUGUGGUUCUUGCUGCUGGAGCUGUAUCAGCUGAAGUUCUUUACUUAGCCUAUAAAGGAGACGAUGCCAUAACUUGGAGCGAUGCUUGCAGUUCCUAUGGCAGUUUUUGCCAUAGAGCUACUGCUUCUGUUAUAAUCACAUUCUCUGUGGUUUGUUUCUAUGUCGUGCUCUCUAUCCUCUCCUCUUAUAAGCUCUUCACUAGGUUUGAUCCUCCGGCCAUUGUUGAUUCCAACAAGAACCUCGAAGUUGCUGGCUUUGGAAGUUGA